CACAAUUAUAAUAACAGCAUGAACUAAGCAGACUGUAAAAUUGUCAGAAUUGCCCUCACGUUUUCUCGCGUCCGCUGUACUUUUAGUCAUUUUUUCGAAAGCCACUAUAAAAGCAUUUAUAUCAUCCUUUCACACUUAUUGCUCGAAUGACUGUCUGAGAAAAAUGUAUCGGGAAAUUGUUCUGGUGGCCCUUUUGUCGAGUGUGCGAGCCUCUUUGUUAGAUGGGGACAUAGAUUUAACAGAUGGCAUUCGAUUGGUUGGUGUCCCAGUUUCUAAUAGUCUGGAAGAUCAAGGUCGUUCUAUGGGAGAUUCGGUUUUGUACCGAAUGGCCAAAUUCCUACAAGGGCAUGAGUUAUAUGUGAAAUUGCCCAAUUUAAUCGAGAAGGACAAGAUCAGCCAACUCUUCGCGGAGUCUUUGAAGGUUGUCGACGAAUAUAAGGAAAAUAAUGGAACCGGUCGAGCCAAAAACGGAGGUAUGGGGUCCAUGGCCCUUUUAGGACUUAUGUUCGCUAAAACUAUGGGAGCAGCUGGUAUCGGAGGUUUGGGGUUACUCACUAUGAAGGCUCUUGCAGUAUCCGCACUAGCUCUUAUGCUAUCCGCGAUCGUGGGCAUCAAGAAGCUCACGUCACACGAUGACCACGACGACCACCAAGUCAUAUACGCUGGUCACGGUCACCAUCGACGGCGGAGAGAUGUGCACACACCCUUACCUUACAGAGGAUGGUCUCAAUACCAACACUAA